AUGGGUCACCUGUCAUUGUUACCUGGUAAUAGUGAUGAUGGAUGUUCUUGGUGCUUGCUUCAAGUUGCAGGUCUCAAAGACUACAAAAUACCUCCAAAGUUUGAGAAUAUCGAAUUCCCGGAGAGAGUGAAGCUGAAGAUCAUGGAACGAGUGCCACAGUUCAGAGCAAACGAGAAGCCGAUAAAGAUGAUGAAGAAUCUGAAGGACCUUAGAGGACCUGAACCAGCGAACAAUAAGCUCAUACAUAAGCAGUACGGCAUCCAGGCGCUCACGCCGGGGAACCUACGGUGGGGCCACCUGGAGAUGAUGCGCAUCAUGGUGAAUCGCAACAUGGAUGACAAGCGCAUGUUCGCCGUCUGGCGCAUCGACCCCCCCUGGAAGCCGAUUACGAAAAAGGGUCAAGGUCAGCGCAUGGGCGGUGGCAAGGGCCCCAUCGAUCACUACGUGACGCCGGUGAGAGCCGACAGGAUCGUCUUGGAAAUGGGCGGCAACAUCGAAUUCGCAGAGGUGAAGCCACUGCUGGAGGGAAUCGUGAAGAAGCUGCCCUUAAAGGCGUGGACGGUGAGUCAGCAGCUGCUUGAUGAGAAGGAGGCGCAAGAUGCGUUUGAGCGAGAGAGCAACAACAAUCCGUUCACGCUCGAGUUUCUCAUCAAGAACAACAUGCAAGGCUGCCGCCAGUGGAUGAGCAAGUACGACAAGAUGUGGUACAUGAAGUACAAGUAG